AUGUCCACCUAUGAGUGGGUGAUCGAGCAGGAGAGCCCCGACGGCGUGACAACACGUGUCGUGUUCGACUUCGCGGAUGGCAAUACUGUCAGCCACGGAAAUGGUGGCCGCGCGAACGUAUCUUCGUCGUCCUACCACCUGCAGCACCGCCGUGAUGGACGCGGGCGAGGCUCGACCGGCGGCACACCGUCGGCCGCUGGCUUCUUUGCUUUCAAGGAAGUCACUCGCUCGGAGGAAGGCAGCAGUCGGCGCAGCAGUAAGCGCAGUAACGGCAGCCGCUCGCGUCGUCAACGUCACCACCGCCUGGGCACCUCCGGCAAGGGCAGCAGAGAAAGCGGCAUCGGCACGAUGGCAGGAACGGCCGGCUCCGCAUACACAUCGACAUCUCUGCGGCAGCGCUACCAGCGCAUGCUGUUUGGUGGUGGUCGUGGUGGGAGGUCGACGACUGUUGCUGGUGUCUCGCGGACCCCAACAGUGCCGCCUGACGUCUCCGCGUCCGUGCUCGCUUCAGGACUUCCGUUGUCUUAUCGAAUCGACCCAAGCGCUGGCCUCAAUGACGACACCCACUCUCUCAGCUUCAACCCGCUUCGCGGGACGACCACGGGCGACCAGCCACCCAGCACCCUAUUUAUGUCUGCUUACGGUGCAGAACUGGUAGACGAGGACGAGCAUCAAAGCAGCAGCGGCUGCCUGAGCCGGCGGAACUGCUGCAGGACAAGGAGGGGCAGCAGCAGCCGCGACGGCGGCGUAUCGAGCGUGGUGUGUGCUAGCGUUACCUGUGACCUGAAUGCUGCAGCACCGCAGCACGCGGCUGGUGGCAUGCACAACACGGGCGACACCCCUCGGUGCUCCUCGGUGCUGAUUGCAGCCGCCACAACGGCAGCAGCUGCGCCGCCUUUGUCCUGUUACCACCGCCGCGUUGUGGCGCGCGAGGAGAGCGACGAGGACUUCACGAGCGAGACUGGCAUAGUCAACGGGAACGGCUCGUGUUACGUGCUGCGCGACGUGUGGGCAACGCGUGCCUCGUGCCCUCGCACCAUUACAACGGCUCGCGCGGCCGACUUCCCUGCAUUUCCACCGCUGCACCCCAUCAGCGUAGAAAAGGAAGAGGAGCCGACGGAGACGGUGACUAGGUGCUGUGGUCACCCCGCCGGUGGCACCGGCGCCCGCGAUGGGCUCAGUGGCAUUGCGGAUGCCAUGAGCACGCAGCGGGCGUCGUUCUCCCUCGCAACGAGCCAGGAGAGCAUCUGUGAAGAGGCCAAAGCAGAUGCAGCGGAGCACCACCGGCGGUACAACAAGAUGCUCCUUAAGAAAGAGCGUCAGUGGCGACGCGAUCGAGGGUGGCAGCCAACGGGGUCAAGUGAGGGCUGUACGUUCAGCUUCUGUAGGAUAGACGACUGGUACGCCGGCGAGGGCAGUCGAGGUCUCCGUGGUGGCGCGUCUGCCGGCCCCAGUCGGCGCGGUCGCCGAGAGCGCCCCUUGGGCGUGCGAGGAAGAUUGGACGCCUACGAGCCUAGAAGUAGCAGCAGCACCGACAGUAAUGAAGAUGACGCGGACGACGAGAGCUGCGACACCUCGUCUCUCUCGUCAUUAGAGUGUCUGAGCACCUCCUCGAGAGGUGACUUCGACGUGAGCCAGCUGCGGACGGACUCGGUCUUUGCAGCCACCGUGCAGUCUCUGGCGAGCCGAGCAGAGCGGGAGCGCAAGAAGAUGGAGGUGCGGGAAGAGCAGAUGCUCUGGUGUGAGGCUGCGCAAAACAAGGAGACAUCAAUGGCGCAACGGUUGCCGCUGCACUCACCAGCUACCUUCCGUGGCCUGAUGCCUUCAGCAGACGGCGCUGCCUCCACGACGCCGGCGAGUCCGCCAUCAUUGGCCAUCGCACUCCGUCGAGGAGACGCCGUGUCUGCCGGUGGGUUAAUGAGAAACGGUGUCGGGAGUGGCAGCGCUUGUCGCAGCGGCGCUGUCUCGUCGUUCUUUAUUUCACCAAUUCACCAGUCCGUGGCAGCAGAGUCGGCGGCCUGGGCGGCGGGUACAGGGUUCGAGUUUCUGGGGCAAGGUGGCCUUGGCGGCAACGACACCACGUCAUCGUCCUUGAUGCCCACCUCACGACCGGCGCCCUGGCAGCGCCGUGGCAGCGCAUCCGCAGCUGCAAGGGCCACCGUGAAUCGACGUCGCGAGCGGUCCGAAGACAACGAAGAGGGUUACGCGGAGGAGCUAAAGGACUCAUGCGACGGCGGUGCAUCGUCCUCCGCGACGCGCGUGAUCGCUGCUGAUGCCCAGGCUAGGACCCACCGUGCACGCAAAAAGCGUAAGCGAGGUGAUCGUGCUCGGCAGUCCGUCGUUGGCGAGUGUGGCGGCAGCCGCGCGUUGCGCCCCGUCGCGGCCCCAUCGAACGGCCCUCCGCUGGAGAUAUUACCAUGCAGCAAGGUGGAUAUGCGGGAAGACUUCCUCGAGUCGUUUCUGAUGGAGGCGAUGCUGGACGAGGGCGACUUUGCGCUUUACUAA